CGGGAGGGGCGGGGAGGGGAGCUCUGGCCGCCUUUGCCAGCUCGGGGGCGCGCGGAGGCAGGGCAGGGUGGCCCUCGGUUUGGGGGAGGGAUUGAGGGCUUGGGGGAGCCCAGGUGGCCCCGAGCUGCGGGGUGGAGGCUGCAGCCUCCGGGAUAGGGGGCUUCUCGGGGCCAGGCCCAGGCCCCCGCCCCCCAGUCCGAGCGAGCGAGCGAGCGAGGCUCUGAGGAAAGCAGCGGGGACAGCGAGCACCUCGGCCGAGCCCUUUAUCCCUCCCAGCGGCUGCACCCUUUCACUGCCAGGCCGACAGCGGGCUCCUCUCAAAGGAGCAGCUGCUAGACGGCUGGCAAAACAAUGGAGACCCCGCUUCCCCAGACCCCCUCCCCGGGCGCAGAAGAUGGGGGUGAGUGAAUGCAGCGAGGCGGGGUACGACGAGGGCCCUGUGCUAAGCACCCGUGAUCCUCCGGGGGUGCCCCCCCCAAAAGCAGUACCCCACCAUGUUUAACCUAAUGAAGAAAGAUAAGGACAAAGAUGGUGGGCGGAAGGAGAAGAAGGAGAAGAAGGAGAAGAAGGAGCGAAUGUCGGCGGCGGAGCUGCGGAGCCUGGAGGAGAUGAGCCUGCGUCGCGGCUUCUUCAAUCUGAACCGCUCCUCCAAGCGUGAGUCCAAGACACGCCUGGAAAUCUCCAACCCCAUCCCCAUCAAGGUGGCCAGUGGCUCCGACCUGCACCUGACCGACAUCGACUCCGACAGCAACAGGGGCAGUGUCAUCCUGGACUCGGGCCACCUGAGCACCGCCAGCUCGAGCGAUGACCUCAAGGGCGAGGAAGGCAGCUUCCGCGGCUCUGUGCUGCAGCGGGCAGCCAAGUUCGGCUCCCUGGCCAAGCAGAACUCACAGAUGAUUGUCAAACGCUUCUCCUUCUCCCAGCGGAGCCGGGAUGAGAGCGCCUCAGAAACCUCCACCCCCUCCGAGCACUCUGCGGCGCCAUCCCCGCAGGUGGAGGUGAGGACUCUCGAGGGACAGCUGGUGCAGCAUCCUGGCUCAGGCCUCCCUCGGCCAGGGCCCCGCUCCCGAGUCCCUGAGCUGGUGACUAAAAGGUUCCCGGCUGACCUGCGCUUGCCCCCCGUGGUGCCCUUGCCGCCGCCCGCCCUCCGGGAGCUGGAGCUGCAGCGGAGGCCCACUGGAGACUUCGGCUUCUCCUUGCGCCGCACGACCAUGCUGGAUCGGGGCCCCGAGGGCCAGGUCUACCGGAGGGUGGUUCACUUCGCUGAGCCCGGCGCGGGCACCAAGGACGUGGCCCUGGGGUUGGUGCCAGGUGACCGUCUGGUGGAGAUUAAUGGGCACAACGUGGAGAGCAAGUCCAGGGAUGAGAUCGUGGAGAUGAUCCGGCAGUCUGGGGACAGCGUGCGGCUCAAGGUGCAACCCAUUCCAGAGCUCAGUGAGCUGAGCCGGAGCUGGUUGCGGAGUGGCGACGGACCCCGCAGGGAGCCAGCCGAUCUGGACCCUGAGGACGCCUCUCCUGCCCACAGCCAGGUGAAGACAGAAGAGCAGAUUGCGGUGGAAGAGGCCUGGUAUGAGACAGAGAAGGUGUGGCUGGUCCAUAAGGAUGGCUUCUCGCUGGGCAGUCAGCUCAAAUCUGAGGAGCUCAGCUUGCCGGAAGGGAAGGUGCGCGUGAAGCUAGACCACGAUGGCGCCAUCUUGGACGUGGAUGAAGAUGAUGUGGAGAAGGCUAACGCUCCCUCCUGCGACCGUCUAGAAGAUCUGGCUUCGCUGGUAUACCUCAAUGAGUCCAGCGUCCUCCACACGCUGCGCCAGCGCUAUGUCGCGAGCCUGCUGCACACGUACGCUGGCCCCAGCCUGCUCGUCCUCAGCCCCCGUGGGGCCCCCGCCGUGUACUCCGAGAAGGUGAUGCACAUGUUCAAGGGGUGUCGGCGGGAGGACAUGGCACCCCACAUCUACGCCGUGGCCCAGACCGCAUACAGGGCAAUGCUGAUGAGCCGCCAGGACCAGUCUGUCAUCCUCCUGGGCAGCAGCGGCAGCGGGAAGACCACCAGCUGCCAGCACCUGGUGCAGUACCUGGCCACCAUCGCGGGCACCAGCGGGAACAAGGUGUUUUCCGUGGAGAAGUGGCAGGCUCUGUACAGCCUUCUGGAAGCCUUUGGGAACAGCCCCACCAUCAUGAACGGCAACGCCACCCGCUUCUCCCAGAUCCUCUCCCUGGACUUCGACCAAGCUGGCCAGGUGGCCUCGGCCUCCAUCCAGACAAUGCUUCUGGAGAAGCUGCGUGUGGCUCGACGCCCAGCUGGUGAGGCCACGUUCAAUGUCUUCUACUACCUGCUGGCCUGUGGGGAUGGCACCCUCAGGACAGAGCUCCACUUGAACCACUUGGCAGAGAACAAUGUGUUUGGGAUUGUGCCACUGGCCAAGCCUGAGGAGAAGCAGAAGGCGGCUCAGCAGUUCAGUAAGCUGCAGACCGCCAUGAAGGUGUUGGGCAUCUCCGCAGAUGAACAGAAAGCCUGCUGGCUCAUCCUGGCUGCCAUCUACCACCUGGGGGCUGCAGGUGCCACCAAAGAAGCUGCUGAAGCUGGGCGCAAGCAGUUUGCCCGCCACGAGUGGGCCCAGAAGGCCGCAUACCUGUUGGGCUGCAGCCUGGAGGAGCUAUCCUCAGCCAUCUUCAAGCACCAACACAAGGGCGGCACGCUGCAGCGCUCCACCUCCUUCCGCCAGGGCCCCGAGGAGAACGGCCUGGGAGAUGGCACAGGCCCCAAACUGAGUGCACUGGAGUGCUUAGAAGGCAUGGCGUCCGGCCUCUACAGUGAGCUCUUCACCCUUCUUGUCUCCCUGGUGAACAGGGCUCUCAAGUCCAGCCAGCACUCACUCUGCUCUAUGAUGAUUGUGGACACUCCGGGCUUCCAGAACCCUGAGCAGGGUGGGUCGGCCCGCGGAGCCUCCUUUGAGGAGCUGUGCCACAACUACGCCCAGGACCGGCUACAGAGACUCUUCCACCAGCGCACCUUUGUGCAGGAGUUAGAAAGAUACAAGGAGGAGAACAUUGAGCUGGCAUUUGACGACUUGGAGCCAGCCGUGGAUGAUUCUGUGGCAGCCGUGGACCAAGCCUCCCAUCAGUCCCUGGUCCGCUCGCUGGCACGCACCGACGAGGCGAGGGGCCUGCUCUGGCUAUUGGAAGAGGAGGCGCUGGUGCCCGGGGCCACCGAGGACGCCCUCCUGGAGCGCCUUUUCUCCUACUAUGGCCCCCGGGAAGGUGACAAGAAAGGCCAAAGCCCCCUCCUGCGCAGCAGCAAACCACAUCAUUUUCUCCUGGGCCACAGCCAUGGCACCAACUGGGUUGAGUACAAUGUGGCUGGCUGGCUGAGCUACACCAAACAGAACCCGGCCACCCAGAACGCCCCCCGGCUCCUGCAGGACUCCCAGAAGAAAAUCAUCAGCAGCCUGUUUCUGGGCCGGGCAGGCAGCGCCACGGUGCUAUCAGGCUCCAUCGCAGGCUUGGAGGGCGGCUCACAGCUGGCGCUGCGCCGGGCCACCAGCAUGCGGAAGACCUUCACGACAGGCAUGGCGGCUGUCAAGAAAAAGUCACUGUGCAUCCAGAUUAAGCUGCAGGUGGAUGCCCUCAUUGACACCGUCAAGAAAUCAAAGCUGCACUUCGUGCACUGCUUCCUGCCUGUAGCAGAGGGCUGGGGCGGGGAGCCCCGUUCCGCAUCCUCCCGCCGAGUCAGCAGCAGCAGCGAGCUGGACCUGCCCUCGGGAGACCACUGCGAGGCUGGGCUCCUGCAGCUGGACGUGCCCCUGCUGCGCGCCCAGCUCCGGGGCUCCCGCCUGCUGGACGCCAUGCGCAUGUACCGCCAAGGUUACCCUGACCACAUGGUGUUUUCCGAGUUCCGCCGCCGCUUCGACGUCCUGGCCCCACACCUGACCAAGAAACAUGGGCGCAACUACAUCGUGGUGGAUGAGAGGCGGGCGGUGGAAGAGCUGCUGGAGUCCUUGGACCUGGAGAAGAGCAGCUGUUGCCUGGGCCUGAGCCGGGUGUUCUUCCGGGCCGGCACGUUGGCGCGGCUGGAGGAGCAGCGGGAUGAGCAAACCAGCAGGAACCUAACCCUGUUCCAGGCGGCCUGCAGGGGCUACCUGGCCCGCCAGCACUUCAAGAAGAAAAAGAUCCAGGACCUGGCCAUUCGCUGUGUGCAGAAGAACAUCAAGAAGAACAAAGGGGUGAAGGACUGGGCCUGGUGGAAACUCUUUACCACUGUGCGGCCCCUCAUCGAGGUACAGCUGUCCGAGGAGCAGAUCCGGAACAAAGACGAGGAGAUCCAGCAGCUGCGGAACAAGCUUGAGAAGGUGGAGAAGGAGCGGAACGAGCUUCGGCUCAACAAUGACCGGCUGGAGACCCGGAUCUCGGAGCUGACAUCGGAGCUGACUGACGAACGUAACACGGGAGAGUCCGCCUCCCAGCUGCUGGACGCGGAGGCCGCCGAGAGGCUCCGAGCCGAAAAGGAGAUGAAGGAGCUGCAGACCCAGUACGAUGCGCUGAAGAAGCAGAUGGAGGUGAUGGAGAUGGAGGUGAUGGAGGCCCGCCUCAUCCGGGCAGCUGAGAUCAACGGGGAGGUGGAUGAUGAUGACACAGUGCUCCCUUGCCUGCCCCACACCCCCCCAGGCGGCGAGUGGCGCCUGAAGUACGAGCGAGCCAUGCGCGAGGUGGACUUCACCAAGAAGCGCCUCCAGCAGGAGUUCGAGGACAAGCUGGAGGUGGAGCAGCAGAGCAAGAGGCAACUGGAGAGGCGGCUCGGGGACCUGCAGGCAGACGGUGACGAGAGCCAGCGGGUUCUGCAGCAGCUGAAGAAGAAGUGCCAACGGCUGACGGGCGAGCUGCAGGACACCAAGCUGCACCUGGAGGGCCAGCAGGUCCGCAACCACGAGCUGGAGAAGAAGCAGAGGAGGUUCGACAGCGAGCUUUCCCAGGCGCAUGAGGAGGCCCAGCGGGAGAAGCUGCAGCGGGAGAAGCUGCAGCGGGAGAAGGACACGCUCCUCGCCGAGGCUUUCAGCCUCAAGCAGCAACUGGAGGAAAAAGACAUGGACAUUGCUGGAUUCACCCAGAAGGUUGUCUCCCUGGAGGCUGAGCUCCAGGACAUUUCUUCCCAAGAGUCAAAGGAUGAGGCCUCUCUGGCCAAGGUCAAGAAACAGCUCCGGGACCUGGAGGCCAAAGUCAAGGAUCAGGAGGAGGAGCUGGAUGAGCAGGCGGGGACCAUCCAGAUGCUGGAGCAGGCCAAGCUACGUCUAGAGAUGGAGAUGGAGCGGAUGAGACAGACCCAUUCCAAGGAGGUGGAAAGUCGGGAUGAAGAGGUGGAGGAGGCCCGGCAGUCAUGUCAGAAGAAGUUGAAACAAAUGGAAGUGCAGCUUGAGGAGGAGUACGAAGAUAAGCAGAAGGUGCUGCGAGAGAAGCGGGAACUGGAGAGCAAGCUCGCCACGCUGAGUGACCAGGUGAGCCGGCGGGACCUGGAGUCCGAGAAGCGGCUCCGGAAGGACCUGAAGCGCACCAAGGCCCUGCUGGCCGACGCUCAGAUCAUGUUGGACCACCUGAAGAACAACGCACCCAGCAAGAGGGAGAUCGCCCAGCUAAAGAACCAGCUGGAGGAGUCCGAGUUCACCUGUGCAGCAGCCGUGAAAGCUCGGAAGGCAAUGGAGGUGGAGAUUGAAGACCUGCACCUGCAGAUUGAUGACAUCGCCAAAGCCAAGACAGCGCUGGAGGAGCAGCUGAGCCGCCUUCAGCGUGAGAAGAACGAGAUCCAGAGCCGCCUGGAAGAGGAUCAGGAGGACAUGAACGAGCUGAUGAAGAAGCACAAGGCGGCCGUGGCUCAGGCCUCGCGAGACUUAGCGCAGAUGAACGAUCUCCAGGCUCAGCUGGAAGAAGCCAACAAGGAGAAGCAAGAGCUGCAGGAGAAGCUCCAAGCCCUCCAGAGCCAAGUGGAGUUCCUGGAACAGUCCAUGGUGGACAAGUCCCUGGUGAGCAGGCAGGAAGCUAAGAUCCGAGAGCUGGAGACCCGCCUGGAGUUCGAAAGGACCCAAGUGAAGAGGCUGGAGAGCCUGGCCAGCCGGCUCAAGGAGAACAUGGAGAAGCUGACCGAGGAGCGGGAUCAGCGCACCGCAGCUGAAAACCGGGAGAAGGAACAGAACAAGAGAUUGCAGCGGCAGCUCCGGGACACCAAGGAGGAGAUGGGCGAGCUCGCCAGGAAGGAGGCCGAGGCGAGCCGCAAGAAGCAUGAACUGGAGAUGGAUCUGGAGAGCCUAGAGGCUGCUAACCAGAGCCUGCAGGCCGAUCUCAAACUGGCAUUCAAGCGCAUUGGGGACCUGCAGGCUGCCAUCGAGGACGAGAUGGAGAGCGACGAGAAUGAGGACCUCAUCACCAGUUUGCAGGACAUGGUGACAAAGUAUCAGAAAAGAAAGAAUAAACCCGAGGGGGAUUCCGAUGUGGACUCUGAGCUGGAGGACCGGGUCGACGGGGUCAAGUCAUGGUUGUCGAAAAACAAGGGGCCUUCCAAGGCAGCUUCCGAUGAUGGCAGCUUGAAGAGUUCCAGAACGGCCCUCAACAGCUCCAGCAAAGAGGGCAAGGGGGCGGAGGAGAGGCCGGCCUCGGCGCUGAGCUCCCUGAGCUACCGGAAACGGCUCACCCUGAAGGACUCCAUCGGGGGCACCGGGGACGAGGACUCGCUCUUCACCGCCCUGAGCGAGAGGCCAGCCUCCCCCGAGAGGCCCCCCCGGAAGACCCGCACGCGCCCCAGGGAGGAGCCGGCCGAAGGCGGCUCUGCCGGCGCCGAGGCCCCGAGCCGCCUGGGCCGGGGGCUGGAGAAGCGGUGGGGCUCAGACUUCGACCGGGCCUCCACAGUCUCUGCCCCCACCAGCCGGGCCUCCUCGGCCACACGGCGUGGCUCUGGUGAGGACGGGGCGCGCUCGUCCAUGAGCUUCUCGCUCUCGGGCUCCCCCAGUUCGCGGCGCAGCGCCUCCCGCCUAGAUACCCUCUCCGGGACCCUCAGUCCUUCCCUGAGCCGGGCCUCGGGCCUGGGCCGGGACAGCCCCGAUUCCCGCCUGUCCCUGGGCCAGAGCUGCCUGGAUGCGUGGGAUGACCGAGCCAGUGUGGCCUUGAGCGAGGUCCACUCCCAGUACAGCCACCCGUCGCUGGCCCGCAGUCUGUCGGUGCCACCGCGGCCACGCGGCUCAGCCUCUGCCGCGGACGAGCCUCUUGGCUCCGGCAUCCGCCCGGUCAGCCGUCACUCCUACCUGGACCCCGACCUGGAGGCCGCCAUCAAUGAGGUCUUGAGCUACAAGCCCGUCCCGUUCCAGAGGAGCAGCCUGGAGCCCGACUCGGAGGAGGAUGACCGGAAGAGCAUCCAAAGUGUCCGCAGCGCCCAGCUGGGGCUCCCGGUGCGGGCGGCCGGCAUCCGCCGCUCAGCCUCGGCCGCCGACGUCUCCCGGCCCCGCAGCAGCCGCAAGGGCCGGAGCAGGAGACGGAGCAGCUCCAGCUCCAGCUCCAGCUCCAUCUCCAGCUCCGAGGAGUCCUCGGAGCCCAAGCGGCGGAAGAAGGGGCGCUCGCGAAAGAGCAAGAAGAAAUCCAAAUCGAGAAGAGAGAGGACGGAGAGCGAGUCGGAGUCCUCGUCGACCUCCAGCGGCUCCACCGUGUCAGGCCACAGCCGCUCGAGCGUGAAGAAGGGCCCAGCUGCAGAAGAGGAGGCGGCGGGCCGGGCCGGCCGGCGGUCUCGGCAGUCUCGGCAGUCUCGGAAGGAGGAGAAGCAGCGCAGGAAGGAGGUGGACAGCCUGAUGAUGCGGUACCUGUACCGGCCCGAGAGCGACUAGUGCACCCUACCAGCUACUGGAAGUCCCUUGCCCCUGACCGGUCAGAUGAUGAGCACGACCCUUUGGACAGCACCUCCAGGCCGCAAUACUCCCAUAACUAUCUGAGUGACAGCGACACAGAGGCCAAACCGACUGAGACC